GGGAAGGAAUGAACCAAAGCCAAAGGAAGGGAAGUUAAGAGAAGGGAUAACAACGUGCGCGUGUGCAAACCACGCCGGGGGUGGUUGGUCGGUCGGUGGUCCGAACUCCGAAAAUCAUACGAUCUUGUCUUUAUUAAAAUUUUGUUCGGCUCCAUUUUAAUUCCCAUUUCAAUCAUCAGUACACUUAUCGUUUAACAACAAUUAUUUAAACGAUUCAUUAUUUUAAUUGUAUUUAUAAAACAAUAAUUGUAUCAAUUAUCAGUAUUUUUUUAUUUAUUGUAUUUAUAUUUAUUAAUAUUUGUAAGAGAGAGUUUUACUUGAAGUAUAUAAUAGUAUAUAUGUUUUUAAGUAAUUAAUAAAAAAGAUUUACAACGCCGGUUAUUUAUCAGUGUGUGUGCCGCAGCAACAAAAGGACAAUAGGAAUAAAUAAAAAAGAAUAAGAAGAAGAAAAGAUAAAUAUAAAAAUAAAAAAACGCCGCGAAAGAAAGAAAGACUGGAGCGCACAAAAACGCACGCGGUGUCUAUAUAAAAAUGGCGAAGGCGUUUCGCGCGGUGACAGUUUCUACUUUGUCAAACAAUGGACAGUCAACGCCAAAAUUCAACAGACCGGUUACACUUAACAUUAAUUAUGAUCCUCAAGGACUCAGCAUUGAAUUGUUAUCAGAGGAUUUUACCGAAAAAGAACCAAAACAAUUAUUGGAAUUUCCCAUAACCCAUACGACUGAGUGCUCGCGAGUUGCUACUAGGAGUUACGUAUUUACUCUCGAUGCUGAGAGUCUACUUAUUACAUUUUCUAACGAACCAGAUUUCCGAAACUUCCAUUCCCAAGUGCUAAAACUUAAAAAUGGAAAAGGCAUGUCUGCUUUCAAUGAGAGAACAGAAGACUUAUCAGCGAUGCAGUAUUUUCAGUUCUACGGCUAUUUAUCACAGCAGCAAAAUAUGAUGCAAGAUUACAUUAGAACGAGCACAUAUCAGCGUGCGAUUCUUGGAAAUUUAUCAGACUUUAAAGACAAAAUAGUGUUAGACGUAGGUGCUGGAUCAGGAAUAUUAUCAUUCUUCGCAGUUCAAGCAGGUGCUAAAAAAGUUUACGCCGUUGAAGCCAGUAAUAUGGCGAAUCAUGCGGAGCUUCUUGUUGCCGCAAACAAUUUGUCGGAUAAAAUAGUUGUUAUUGCUGGCAAAAUAGAAGAGAUUGAACUGCCAGAGCACGUUGAUUGCAUUGUCAGUGAACCCAUGGGCUAUAUGUUGUACAAUGAGAGAAUGCUCGAGACAUAUCUCCAUGCUAAAAAAUGGCUCGUACCAGGUGGAAGAAUGUUCCCUUCUCGCGGUGACCUUCACAUAGCUCCAUUCUCUGAUGAAACACUUUACAUGGAACAAUUUAAUAAAGCUAACUUUUGGUACCAGACGUGUUUCCAUGGCGUUGAUUUGUCAUCACUGAGAAAUAGCGCAAUCAAAGAGUACUUCCGACAACCUAUUGUUGACACAUUUGAUAUACGUAUUUGUAUGGCCAAAUCUGUUAGACAUGUUGUUGACUUCCAAACCGCUGACGAGACUGAUUUACAUAAAAUAGAAAUAGACGUUGAUUUCCAUAUAUUGGAGAGUGGAACAUGUCACGGUCUUGCAUUUUGGUUUGAUGUUGCAUUUAUUGGUUCAACUCAACAAGUUUGGUUGAGCACAGCACCAACGGAACCUCUCACUCAUUGGUAUCAAGUACGGUGUCUCUUGGAAAAUCCUUUGUUCUGUAAAAGUGGCCAAUUACUUUCUGGAAAAGUCAUUUUAAUAGCUAAUAAAAGACAAUCGUAUGAUGUGACGAUAGAUUUGAAGUUAGAAGGAACAAACAUCGAAAGUAGCAGCAAUACUCUAGACCUUAAAAAUCCUUACUUUAGAUACACUGGUGCUGCAGCACAAUUACCUGCCGGAUUAAAUAGCACAUCACCAAGUGAAUCAUAUUGGACAACACUUGAUGCUCAAGGUGCACGACAGGCUGUUAAUAUGGUCAAUGGAAUGUCCGUUAAUGGUUUGGGUGAAGUUUCAAUGGAUACAGGAACUGUCAAUCCCAGUAAUUUACUAGCACUAGGCGGUCAACCGAAUAUACAUCCGGGUUCUAUUUCAAGUACUGGAAGAGGUAGAAUCGGAGGAACGGCUACAAGUACACAAGCAGCACAGCUCAUUGGUGGCGGUAUUACACCAAAUAUGUUCACAUCACCGGCAACUCUUGGUGUUACUUUCCAGCAAUCGCUGGUACUCAGCAAUACAUCCCACUAUCCGGUGAAUCCAAGUCUGAUGAUUGGUGAUUACGUGACGCCUGGCAAUGGAAUAGCACCCCAAUCGUACCGUCAAUGAUCUACGGCCAAAUUAUAUCGGAUUAUGGAAUAUUCACGGAAACUAAAACAACAUCAACAACAACCGCAGGACAACAAUCAACGUCAUUCAAACACCAACAGCAGAUGUAAUAGUGGUAAUAUUAAUACCAUAAGUAAUCGUCAAAAUCGUCGUUUAGUCUUCAGCUCACCUACGAGUAAAUUAAGAUUAUCAUCAGCUGUAUGUAUAUUACAUGCUACUAAUUUAAAUGAAAUUAAUUAUGACUUGAAGCUAAAAAAAGCGCGAAUGCGAUUUAUCGAUAAAACUCUUGAUAAUUCCAUUGAUUUUGGAUUACCUUCUCCAUUAAUAAAUUAUAAUAAUAAUAAUUAUUAUUAUUAUUACAAUAAUCUUAAUAACAAUAAUAGUAGUAAUGAUAAUAAUAAUUAUUAUUAUAAUAAUUUAUCAUGGGAUUUGCGUUGGAGAAAACUUCGCGCUAUUUUCUCGUAGCCAUUUAUAAAAAUCUCUGACAAUGAUAAAUAUUUAAUCAGAGGAAAAUAAAAAAAAAACAACACGCUUGCCAAAUGUACCCAGGAAUAAUAAUUAUCAAAUUAAUAACAGAUGCGAUAUUUUUUAAUGACAAUACUGUUAUAUGCGUUUAAUGAAUGUUACGAAAAUUACGGUAGAUUUUUUUUGUAAUGUAAUUUCAUUUUCCUCAAUUAAUGAUUUAUAAUUUUUUUAUAAUCAAAGCUCAAGUUUAUUGAACUUGUAUUUAAUUAAUCUCUUUUUAGAGUAUUAAAUCUUAUCUGAGCGUUUGCAUAGACAAUGUAGAUUUUUUUGAUCAAGUGUCGGUAUUUUAAUUAUCAAUAAGAUUUGUAAUACUUUUAGCGCUAACUAGUAUGUUUUGUGCAUUUAUUUAAAGCUGUAAAUAUUUUUUAAACUAUAAAAAAAAAACUAUGGUAAUUUUUUUUAUAAUUAAUACUCUCAACAAAGUUUAUUUAAGGAUAAAAUUACUUGACGUAAAUUGAUUUUUUUUUCUUUUUUUUUUUUUUUUUUUUUUUUUUUAUAAACUUAUAAUCAUUAUUUAUCGGUUUUAUAUAGUCUAAAAAAUAUUUCGAAAGCUUGUAAAAAAGAAUCACGAACAUGUUAUGAUAAUAAUUAAUUUAAAUCAAGUGAGUUAUUAUGUAAACAGUGCAAGAAGUAAUAAUUUAAUCCAAUCUAUUGAUAAAACGUAUUUUUAAAAAUGAUAACAGUUUAAAGAAUUACUGUGUGGCAGUACCUGUCGCUUUAUUAAUAUAUUUAUUGCAUACAGCGUGCACUGUCCAAUUUAUUUGUAAACAAAUUUAAUUAAAUUAUUUAAAAAUGUGAAUUUUUAUUUUGUUCUCUCGGAUUGGCUAAAUCGAAAUAACUUUUAUUUAAAUAGCGAGGUCUUAUUUAAUGUAGACUAAGAUACAAUUGCCUAUUGCAUAAUAAACAUAAAUUAGCUUAAUGAUUGCAACGAAUCGAAUGGUAUUGGCGUACAACCAAGUGUCGAAAAAUAAUUUGUAAAUACAACUACGGCACCAUGAUCUCAAAAUCAUCACUUUUGCCCAUUUACAUAUAAUAGCAUUUAAGAUAUUUUAACUAUUAAAUACUUUUCUUUUUUAAAUUAUUAUUCAUGUCGUGUUCGCACAAACUUGCCAUUUGAUUCUUUUUGCCAUUUUUACGUUACUUUAUGUAAUUUAAAAAUAA